AAAAGAGAAACAGGAAUAGCAACAUCAGAGGAAACAGGAAUAACAAGCGAAAUGGCAAAAAGUGCAGUUAAGCGUGGAAAUUGCAUUAAAAAUUGAGCAAAAAAUUGCGAAAACAAAAAGUGGCGAAAAGACAAAAAACGGAACAAACAAAGACGCCAAACGAAACGCUGGAGUUAACGAGCGCUAAAAGGCAAAAAAUACAACAACAAUAAUAGAAAAGAAAAUCAAGCGAAAGCCGCCAAACAGACAGACAGUCGGACAAACAGACAAACAGACAGAAAAAAGAGUAAAGUUUUGAUUGAAAUUUUCACUGCGCUUUCAUCCUUUCUGGAUUGUGUAAAUUUCUGAUUAAGGAACCAGACACCAUCAACAAAAGACGCGGCGCGAAACGUAAAAUAAUAUCGCACCCGAAAAAAAAAAAUUCCGCACAACUCAAUUCAAUCUAUCGAAACUUGGAACCAAAUAUCAAAUAUCGGCCAACUUUUCCGUAAUCGAGCAACAAAGCACUUUGCAGUUCGUGUUUCGUUUCUGUCAUGACAGUUCGGGCCUACAUUUUGCUAUAUUUUUUAUUGUUUAUGCACAGCAAGAUCGCCGUUUGCGGUUGCCGUCGUUGCCCUGGCCAUAAACAUCAUAACAUCUGACUGAUACACAAAAUUGAGCCGUGAACACUGAAAUUCGAGUGCGAGUGCGAGUGAGUCGUGCAGCAAAAGUCAAAGUCAGCAGGCAGCAGUUGGUAUCGGAACCCCACCUAACGUCCACACAAAACACCCCGAGAACUCGGGUCGUUGACAAAGUAACGCAUUUAGUGAUAAGAGCCAAACGACUUUGGCAAAAUGAGCAGCCAAAACAGGAGCAGCAGGAGCGAAAGGAGCCAACUAUUGCUCCUUAUCGGCAUCGCAGUCGCAUCAUGUUUGCCGGGAAUCGAGUCCUUCCAGCGAUUCUCGGAGCAGCCCAAGUACACGGAGGUGAAUCCCGCCGAGGACACGCUGCUCACAUGCAAAGUUAUCGACAAGCGCGGCACGUGCUCCUGGCAAAAGGAUAACAAGCCCGUCGGCAUCUAUACAAAGAAAUACGAAUGGGCCUCACGUAUGCCGACGAGCGACAAUGGGAAUGUCCUGCAUCUGGACCUCCAUCCGCCGCCGGUGCAACUUGGCGGGGACUGCUCGCUGUGGAUCCGCUCCGCCACGCUGGACUUCGACGACGGACUGUGGGAGUGCCAAGUGACGGCCAGUGACUUCACCACCCAGGAUGCCCUCACCAGCCAGCCGGUGCGCCUGGUCGUACGUGUGGCGCCGCAGCGGCCGAGGCUCGAAUACGAUGCGGUCCACGUGCCGCCAGGACACAACAUCACCGCAGACGCCGGCGCUCUGGCGACGGUCAAGUGCGUCUCGCAUUACGGCAAUCCGCCGGCCACCCUCAAAUGGUUUUUGGGCGACCAGGAGAUCUCGCCCAUCCACCCGCAAAUGAAUGCCACCGAGCCGGAUAAUCCACGCACCUGGUCGGCCACCUCGGUGGUGCAGGUGUCGGCGAUGCGGGAACGCCACGGAGAUAUCCUGCGGUGUGCCGCCUUCCACGAGUCCUACACGGCCAAAUCGGUGGUGGUGGAGGCCCGUCUGGACGUGAAAUACGCGCCGAGCAUCCGUCUAAUUGGCUCGCCGGAAAUCGACUUGGAGGAGGACAAGGAUGCGCUGGUCCUGCGCUGCGUGGCCGAUGCCAAUCCGCCGGCCAGCAUCGUCUGGCGGCGGGCCGGUCGCUCCGAGAUAGCCAGCUUGCAGGAAACUCUGCAAUUGCGUCCCGUCGGACGCCGCGAUGCCGGAUUGUACACCUGCCAGGCACAGAAUUCGGUGGGCACCUCCGAGCAGCUGUCGGUGCAGUUGGAUGUGAAAUAUCCUCCCAAAAUUAUUUCAGCUGGCCCGGAUCGCCUCACCACCGCCCCGCUUUUUAGUCCUGCCGCCUUCGAGUGCUUGGCUGAUGGUAAUCCCCUGCCAUCCUUCAAAUGGGUACAGAGAAUGGCCCAUGGAUCCAAGUACGUGGAGCGGGGCCACGAGUCCAGAUUGGUCAUCGACAACGUCACCUACGAGUACCAGGGAGAGUACGAGUGCCGGGCGACCAGCUACAUCAAUGGCCAGGAGCGGGUGGCCAUAUCCGAUCCGGUGUCGCUGCAAGUUGUGGGUGCCCCGCAGGUGCUGCGCCUGCACCCCUCCCUGCACACCGUAUCCGUGAAGCGCGGCGAGGCAGCCAGCCUGACAAUGGUCGUCUGUGCGGAUCCGCGGCCACAGCGCGUCGCCUGGGAAUGGGGAUCUCUGCGUCUGGAGGCCGGCUCGGGCAUCGAUCGCUUCCGGGCCGACGACAUGCAGCCGGACACUCGGGAGGACUGCUACCUGUCCACCCUGCACAUCCUCCACGCGGACGAGCACGACUCCAGGCCCUACUACUUGGUGGUGGAGAACGAGCGGGGCACCGAUCGUCAUGCCAUACACCUGAUUGUGGAGGGUACGUUUGCAGAACCCUACGAGAUGAGCUAUCUGAUGGGCGUGGCCGGGGGCUGCAUGGCCGCUAUCCUCCUGCUGGUUUGCCUCUGUAUCUAUGCGAUCAAGAGCAAGAGAUGCUGCUUCAAGGGUUCCACGGGCUAUAAAUCAUCGGAUAAAGACAGCGAAAAAGCUGAUUUGAAAUCACGCUCGGAUAGCACGAGUGGCCCUCAAGGUGAUUCGAUUUACACCACGCCCGCGGGCUUCCAUCAUCACCAGCAGCAGCAGCAACAGCAGCAGCAGCAACAACAGCAACAGCAGCAACACGCAGCAGCAGCAGCGGCAGCGGCUCUACACGCCGCAUCGCAACAUCCGCAGCAACAGUACCCGGGACACGGAUCGCCGGAGGCAAUGAAGAGCGUUCCGGUCCUUCGAACAUUUGGCGGUCAUCACAUCGCGUAGCGCGAACGGGAACGGGAAGUGGGCGGGGCCAGCUCGCCCUCGACCACGAUAGCCACGCCCACCGGCACGCCGCCCAUGCUGCCGCCACUGCCCAAUUCGUUUGUGGCCAUCAAGACGAAGUCCGACUGCAGCAGCAGCAACCACAGCAACAGCAACAACAGCAACAGCAACAACAGCCUGACCCUGCAGAGCGGCAACAAUAGCUUCAAGUCGAGCGGCCACCGAAAGUCCCCGCAGCCUCAGCCGCCACCGUUGCCCAUGAAAAACGGGGCCAAGCAGCAGCAGCAGCAGCAACAGGAGUCGCACUACCAGCAUCUGACCUACCAGCAACAUACCGGCAGCAACACACGCAACACACUCGAUCGCAAGCAACCGAACAACGGCGACUACUGCACCCAGAUCAAUCCGCACUAUCUGCAGACCUUCGACAGUCUGGACCACUACAGUGUGGCCACGAUGCAGCAACAGCCGCUGCGCAGCCAGUCCAAGUCGCAGAUCUACAGCUACGGCAGCAGCGGCACGGCCAGCGACAACAGCAACCACAACCAGCAACACGGGCAGCACCAGCACUACCACAGCAGCAGCAACAUUGCCCACAUCGAGCACCACUACCAUCCGCAGCACGGCAGCGAUCGCUACAGCCACCCGCAUGUGCAGCAGCAGCAGGUGCACCAGCAACACCAGCUGCAGCAGCAGCAACACCACAGCCUGAAGCACACCAAGCACGGCAAGGGGCACAAGGGCGGCAAGCACGGCUCGAAGGGCAGCAGCAGCAAGUCGCAGGACGAUUUCAAGGUCCUGCACAAGCAACAACAGCAGCAGCAACAGCAGCCGCAGCAAAAGUGCAGCGGCAACAGCAAGUCGGCCAAGCGCAAUGGCUGCAGCAAUCAAGUGUUGCCACUGCCACCGCAGCAACAGCAGCAGCACUACUCCAGCUCCAGUGAUAGCCUACCAUUUGAUAAUAACUAUUAUUAAACACCAGCACACUCAGGCACACACACGCACUAACACAGAGGCAUAAGGGUGUCCCAAAAAGUUGUCGGUAUAUUUAAUUUAAAGGUAUUUGGUAUAUACAGAAAC